CGCUCGUUGCCUCGGCGACAGGAACCUCUCCCGCCCCUUCCGGCCUCGCAUGGCGCCGUCUCUUCCGCUGCGGGGAGUAAUAUGGGGACAAUACACCUGUUCCGCAAAUCACAGAGAUCACUGGUUGGAAAGUUAACACAUGAAUUUAGGUUGGUUGCAGCAGACAGAAGGGUGUAAAGAACAUAUUUAUUCUCAUCAACAGUCCUGGAAGAUUUUACUGUUUGGUGCUAUAAAUUUAAUAUGUAUUGGCCUCCUGCUCAUGUGGUGCAGCUCUACAAACAGCAUAGCUUUAACUGCUUACACAUAUUUGACAAUCUUUGAUCUUUUCAGUUUGGUAACAUGUCUAAUAAGCUACUGGGUAAUGAUGAAGAAACCCAGCCCAGUCUAUUCAUUUGGGUUUGAAAGGUUUGAAGUUCUAGCUGUAUUUGCAUCUACAGUUCUGGCACAGCUUGGUGCUCUUUUUAUACUGAAAGAAAGUGCGGAGCGGUUUCUGGAACAGCCUGAGAUACACACGGGACGACUGCUGGUUGGUACUUUCGUGGCUCUCUUUUUCAACUUAUUUACAAUGCUUUCCAUUAAGAAUAAGCCUUUUGCUUAUGUCUCUGAAGCUGCCAGCACAAGUUGGCUUCAGGAGCAUGUUGCAGAUCUUAGUAGAAGUAUUUGUGGAAUCAUCCCAGGAUUGAGUAGCAUCUUUCUGCCACGGAUGAACCCUUUUGUCUUGAUUGAUAUUGCUGGAGCUCUGGCUCUUUGCAUUACAUAUAUGCUCAUCGAAAUCAACAAUUAUUUUGCUGUGGACACAGCCUCUGCUAUAGCAAUUGCUUUGAUGACAUUUGGUACCAUGUAUCCCAUGAGUGUCUACAGUGGGAAAGUACUACUCCAGACAACCCCACCUCAUGUGAUUGGCCAGUUAGAUAAACUUCUUAGGGAGGUUUCAACUUUGGAUGGAGUGUUGGAAGUUCGAAAUGAACAUUUCUGGACAUUAGGUUUUGGCACUUUGGCCGGAUCAGUCCAUGUCCGAAUUCGGAGAGAUGCGAAUGAACAAAUGGUACUUGCCCAUGUCACUAACAGAUUAUACACAUUGGUCUCUACCUUGACUGUUCAGAUUUUCAAAGAUGACUGGAUCAGACCUACCUUAUCAUCUGUGCCUAUUGCAAACAAUAUUCUGAACCUUUCGGAUCAUCACAUUAUUCCAAUGCCAUCUUUGAAAGCUGCUGAUAAUUUGAACCCUGUUACAUCCACUCCAGCUAAGCCCAGCAGCCCACCACCAGAAUUUUCUUUUAACACACCAGGCAAAAAUGUGAGUCCAGUCAUCCUUUUAAACACUCAGACAAAGCCCUAUGGAUUGGGCUUUAAUCAUGGAUCUGCACCCUACAGCAGUGUACUCAAUCAAGGACUUGGAAUACCAGGAAUGGGAGCAGCUCAAGGAUUCAGAACUGGUUUUGCAAAUGUCCCAAGCAGAUAUGGAACAAACGCUCGUGGUCAGCCCCGACCAUAAUAAACACCAUUAUUUAUUGUA